GUUGGCGCUCUCCCGGAUCGCUGCUGCCGUUCGGUGGAUUUCAACGGGGAAACGGUGAGUGCUGGCGCGGUAGGCUUGUAAACUUGGCACGCGGACGAUCGGCGUUCGUUAUCGGGCGUGCGCGACGUCCUCGCCAUCCGCGAAAUCCGUGCAAUUUCGCAUCGUCUGCUCGGGUGGGCCUGCAUCGCGCAGACUCGCCCAAGAUGGCCGGUACCGUGUCCGCGUUUUGUUGUGGUGGUGGUGAUGGAGGUCCGCUCGGUGCCGAUCGAUACGCCCGCCGCCGAAUACCGGCCAUGGCGGCUACCGUUGUCGUUGCGCGUCACGCGUCCUGAGGUAAACGCAAGUCGGCAAGUGGCCUCGCGUUCGCCGCCGCAGGACCGGCCACGGUGACGGUGAUGAUAAGCGCGGGCGCGACCGCGUGCGCGGGGCGUGGUGCGAGAGCGUAGCCGAGGCGGUCGCCUCCCCGCAGACGCAAAGAGCCCUAAGCCCUCCCUUGAAUCCACUCCGCGGGAACACACCAAGGCUAAGGUGAUGUGAAGAAAAAAUUGAAACUGCCAAAUCGACGACAUCGCAACUUUCCACGGUGUGAUUACAAUAUUCAAGAUACCAAAACUGACAAACAGGUAAAGAUGGUGUCCAUGCAAGAUGCAGAGACUAGCACGAUGCGCAGGCUUUCAGACGACGACGACGAUGAUCCCAGUAGCGGGUCCGAAACCUACGAGGAAGGAGAUCUGCUUUCAGCUGCGAUGGAUGAUGAUGUUACAGCUCAACUAGCCGCAGCAGGUUGGCAAAUCAAACACAUUAAUGGACCUGUAGGCGUCGCUGCAGCGGCUGCCAUUGUGUCAGCCAAGAAGCGAAAACGACCUCACAGUUUUGAAACUAAUCCCAGUAUCAGAAAGAGACAACAAAACAGGCUUUUAAGAAAGCUUAGACAAACUAUUGACGAAUUUGCUACCCGAGUUGGACAACAAGCAGUAGUGCUAGUGGCUACGCCAGGCAAACCAAAUAGUAGUUACAAAGUCUUUGGAGCAAAGCCCUUAGAGGAUGUAGUUAAAAAUCUAAGGACCGUUAUCAUGGAGGAGCUGGAGAACGCACUUGCGCAACAAGCACCGCCGCCCGUGCAGGAUGAUCCGUCAUUAUUCGAAUUACCACCGCUUAUAAUCGACGGUAUACCAACUCCGGUCGAGAAGAUGACACAGGCGCAACUUAGAGCAUUCAUCCCGUUGAUGUUAAAGUAUUCUACAGGCAGAGGUAAACCUGGCUGGGGAAGAGAUAGUACGCGACCUCCUUGGUGGCCCAAAGAAUUACCUUGGGCUAAUGUCCGAAUGGAUGCGCGAACGGAAGACGAAAAACAAAAAUGCAAUCCAUUACAGAUCUCCUGGACUCAUGCGUUACGGCAAAUUGUAAUAAAUUGUUACAAAUAUCACGGAAGAGAAGAUCUUCUACCGGCGUUUAACGAAGAUGACGAAAAGUCUAAUACUCUAAUACAACAAGCGACGCCUCAUUCCUCGUCGCAUCCAUCAUCGAGCCAGACACAAAAUGGAGGACAGUCGCAACAGCAACAGACGGUGGGAGUUGUUCGUCUCAACAGCGCAGAUUCAUCUAAGGGAAACUCUUCGCCAGCACAAAUCAUUGCCGCGUCUCCCACAGCUCUUGCCACUGCCACUCAGAUGACAGCCCAAUAUCCGACAACUGUAUUGCAGACAAUAACCAAUCCAGAUGGUACAGUUUCUAUCAUACAGGUGGAUCCUAGCACACCGAUUAUUACGUUACCGGAUGGUACAACAGCUCAAGUUCAAGGAGUUGCUACUAUUCAUACGAGUCAAGGAGAUGUUCAGGCACUAGCGGAAGUAGCCGGUAGCACAGAAGGUGCUAGCGUGGCCGUCGAUUUGAACACCGUCACAGAAGCGACGUUAGGUCAAGACGGCCAGAUCAUCCUUACUGGAGAAGACGGACACGGAUAUCCUGUAUCAGUCUCAGGCGUAAUCACAGUGCCAGUGUCUGCCAGUAUGUAUCAAACUAUGGUGGCCAAUAUACAGAGCGAUGGUACGAUGCAGGUGGUAACGCCGAUGGUUCAAGUACCCAAGGUCGAAUCAGGAAACGGAGACACCACCAUCGAGGCUGUUACUAUACAAGGUCACCCCAUGACGAUGAUAAAUGCCGCCGGAGAACAUCAGGUUCUUCAAGUAAUAUCGUUAAAAGACGCCAACGUUCUGACAAAGACCAUGCAGGCCGAAGUUAAGGACGAGGACAGUCAACAACAACAAACUGUGUCUAGCCCAGAAUAAACACGUUAAGUGUAAUCUAGUUAAUCUAAAAGAAUCACUCCGUAUCACCUGUACAUGCUAUCAGUGCAUCACGGUGAUAUACGGAAAGGAUAAAUGUGUGAAAGAAUUAGUAACGAUUGGUGUUGUGUUUUCUUUUUCUCUUUGAGUCACUGUUCUGUGUAGCGUAUCUUGCUGAUUGCAUCGUCAUUGAACAGCGGUUAUAUUUGAAAAUAAGAAUGAAUGAGUGUGAAAUUGAUUGAAUUAAGAUUAGUCAUAUUUGUACUCAAGAUACAACAUAGACGCUUGAGAGUAUUCACUUGCAAUCCAAUUUUUCGGAUGUAGUAUUAAUUUUCAAAGAGGUCUAUUGUCGUAUCAGGUGAAUGCGUCUGUUUUCGAAGAUAAUUAUCUAUCGCACUGUUUACUGGAAAAUCGAUAAAUCACGGAUACUUGUGUGAUUUUCCAGUACUGCGUGAGUUAAGCACAUAUUUUCUAGUCUUAUAGCCAGGUUGAUACAUGGGAAUACACACCAAAGACUUAUUCUUUUAUUAAUUUGUUAAUAUUUUCUACGGAAACAAUUUAUAUGAAAAUGUUUAUACUUAAUUUCAUAAAUUAAUCAUGAAGCUCGAUUACUUCCACAAUGACAGCAGAAAUAAUUCAUUCAGUUUUGUUAACGACACAAGAUGAUCUUUUUUUAAAUUUAAUGAAGGCACACAAAGCUUCCCCACAGAUACCUAAAAGUAAAAACGAGAAAAACUACAAUUUUUUUGUUAUAUUCUUAAUGAAAUUGGUUUUCUAUAAAGAAAUUUAUUUUUAUGGGCAAAAACAAGGCACAUAGAGUCAAAUAAAUUGCAUGGUCAAUCUAUUAAAACAUUUGAGCUCGAAGUUCAGUCUGAUUAAAUCGUACGAGUCAAAAAAUUAUCAAGAUUUUCUUAUCACUGUAUAACAGUAUAUAUAAUAAUACAGACGUGGGCGUUUCUCAUGAGCGUUUCUUGACCACUUGGAAUUUCUUCUAAAUAGUCAAGAUAUGCAAAAAACAGGCUAUUAUAUAUAAUAUAUAAAGGAUCGCGAUAGUAGAAAUAAAGAAAAAAAAAAAGAGUUAAGCAUUUCUGACGGGUACAAAUAGAAUGUAAGAUGUAUGUUUUUUCAUAACUAAGAAAGCAUAAUAAUAUACAGACUACAGUUUGCAGUUUUAAUACGCACCAACGAAAGGCGUGUGUCCGUAAUCUUAUUUUACAAGAAUUAUAUUGCACUAUGUACUUGUUUCAAUUAGCGUAAUCAAUAACGAGUCAUUAUUUGAUUUUCACCAACGAAGAAAAAAAUGUAAUUAUAUUUGUAUGAAAGAUUAUUUUUAUGUGUUCUUGAUUUCGAAAAUUAUAGAAUUACAAUGUAUGUAUAUUAUUUUCGAAAGAGGAGGGUAUGCGAUUGUAAAAACCAGGAUUCACACACACAUACACACAUAUAUACUGUCCUUCAUUUCACUUGAAGGUAAUCAAAAGUAAUCGAUUCUAUUUUACACUAAAUAGUUGAACUGUGUCGUGGUAUUUAAAAUCAUCGCUCCCAUUUUUAUAUAAUAUAUUUAAAGUGACGAAAAGUGUAUUUUUUGCGUGCAAUCUUGUUUCAAUGUUGCGGUGACAAAUUGUAGAAUUAUCUUUACCUGAAAUAACUUUACUUUUUUAACUGUGCACUUCUAUUCUCUCGCCUUUUUUGUAUGUAAUCUACAUUACAUUUUACAUUACAUAUCUACGUUAUAUGUAGAAUGAUUAAAAUAAUGCUAUCCUUCAGUUGUAGUUGUUAUCCAAUUGUAAAUUGGAUAAUGCAUAGCAUGUUACAUGUAUUGCAAAGCAAUACUUCACUCCAAAGAUCGUAAUAUUGAAACAACAAAUUGCCCUUGAAAUCAUGUGUAAUAAUAUUAAAGAGAUUUUUAUAACAUUAUAGGGAAAAGUAGUUGAAAUUAGUGGUAAAUACUAUUAAAAGCGUAUCAUAAUGACUAGAUAAUAAUUGUUGCGUUUUUUUUUUUAAUAUCAGGG